AUGGCGCCCGCAGCGUCCCCAUCUGAACGUGAACGUGUCGGUCCGCAUCCGUCGUAUAUUGAAAUCGCAAAGCCGUACAUUUUGCAGUCGCGCAUACAACGAUGCCUCGCCGACGUACACAUGAGCGAUGCAAAAGAGGAUUCAGUGCGCCUUCAAGGCGUAACCUGGAUUGACCAGGUCCGGCGAGCGCUGCAGUUGCCCAUUCGCACUUUCAACACGGCCGUCAUCUACUACCACAAGUUCCGGCUGCUACAUGGAGACAACGAGUACAACUGGGCCGAUGCGGCGGCGGCAGCCCUCUUCACAGCGUGUAAGAUUGAGGACACGUUGAAGAAAAGCAAAGAGAUACUUUGUGCACAUUGGAAUCUCAAGGUCAGCCCGGCGGAUAGCCUGAGCAGCGACGAUCCACGCUUUGAAAACCACUCCAAGCUCAUCAUUGGGCUUGAGCGACUCAUGCUCGAAAGCGCUGGUUUCGACUUCCGCAACCGAUACCCCCAAAAGCUCAUGGUCAAACUCGCGCGAGCCCUCCAAUUUGACGUGAAUAAUCAGGCCAAAACGGCGUGGAAUCUCAGCAUCGAUCUCUACCGUACCUUUGCACCACUCAAACAAACCUCGCCUACUCUGGCCAUUGCUUGUAUCGAGCUCGCAGCGAGACUGCAUGGAAUGGAUGCCACCCGCUACGUCGACACGGGGGAAGUGCGAUACAGCAAGUGGGCCACUACCAGAGCAGAGGUCAUGGAAACGCUACUUGAUCUUCUAGACUUAUACACACACCACCGUGGGUUAACCUCCGUUGGUCCACUGUACACACUCGAACACUUCAUCAGUAUCCGCAUUGCUCUCAACCAGGAGGCCGCUGCUGCUCACAUCCCUCGCUAUACCCUCUACGCAUCCGAAGCUGCUUCUGGCGCCGAGAGUACCGGAAAUGGCGUCAAGCCUCGCAACGGCAUCGAUCCGACAAGCCCGCUCACGCCUGCGACGCCGGGAACAGGAUCACCUGGCAUGCACCAACCGCCCAGAUCAGCCAUUGGUGUACGUGGCCAAGAUGGUACAGUACGCUUCAUGCUCGAUGCCGCUCGCGCCCGCGAUGAACGAGCAGAAGUCGAUAAAUACCACAGGGUAGAGGAGGAGGAAUACGAGAUCGAAGUACCGAUUGACCACCGCUCUGAUGAACGAGAAAGAGAUCGACCACGGAUUGGAAGAGUUUCUGUAAGCUAUAAGAAUAGCUGGAAUACUGAUAAUGUCGCGGAUAGUGACUACAGUACGCACGAUACGACUGAGCUAGGCAGAGAAGAAUACUGGCAGAGGUAUCAUCAGCGUCGGGCUGACCCUUCCACAAACCCUGGCGCCAAUCAUGACAGCAGAAACGUUGACCGUUCCAAAGACAACGACAUCGAAAACGAGGCUGGUAAGAAAUUUAUUUUGGAGACACAAUCUCACUCUCGCAAGUCUUCUGUCGACUCGAUCCGCAUUCGCUCACCCCAGCACCAGAACCGUGGCAAGGACGUACGACAAGAGGCUAAGACACACAGUCUACCUACGCGCAAUGGUCAACAUGGUGGAAGGGAGGGUCCACGCUUUGCAUCCAGCUUGAAUACCCACAAUACCAUCGGCCACUCUCUACGUGUACGAUCCGUCAACCAACCUGAAGACGACUUGGACACCGCACUCCCCGAAGACGAACAAUAUGCCUAUUAUUGGCAAGAUGACCGCCAUCCUGAUAUCUCCCACCAAGAUGUCACGAUGUCAGGAUAUACUCCCGAUGACCGACAGCCCACACCUUCUUCUUCUCCCUCUCCAUCUCCCACUCCUCCUCCACCCGAAUUUCGACCUCCCCUCACCCCGCGCCGAAAUCAGCCAGACAUCUUCUGUCAGCAGGAGGACCGAACCCCCGCGCAAUUUGCCCAUCACCACCGCCAUCAUCACCACCCCCGCGACCACACCACAGAAGCAAAGCCUCCAUCAAUAUCAACCUUUCGUCCUAACCCCUUCGCAAACCCACAUCCACCACACCCGCCACCCCCGCAGCCUACGCAGCCCACGCAGCCCCCGCGCCAAAUCCCCCGUCCCACCAUAGCUCACAGCAAUCAGCAACAACUCGCAACAACACAACCCACCAACACUAGCAACUACAAGCUACCCACGCCAUCAUGGGAGGCCACUCCACCGCCCAUGACGAGGUUCGAGAAGAGGCGGCGAAGGAAAGAGCAGAGGAUGAUUGCGCAUGAAGCGCGGUUGAGGGCCAUGGAGGCGAGAUUGAGAGCUGAGGGAGCGGGGUUGGUCGCGCCUACGCUUGUGUCGAUGUUUGUACCGGCGGUUGCGCCUGUGCCUGCUGCUUCGGGUCAGACAAGGCAUGAGGGGUCAGGUCGUGGUUAUGGGAGGGGAAGCGGUGGUGGUCAGGAAGGGCGUGCGGGCGUGGGGAGUUAUGGUGGAAGCGCUGGUGGUCGAGAAAGAGGUGUAGCAAGGGGUACAACUUCCUACGACCGAGGUAGAGGUCGUCCUGCCGAAAGUAGGUUCUCUGCUUCUGUUGGAAUGUCUGCUCGCGCUCCUGUUGCUGCUCCUGCUCCUACUUCUACUCCUGCUCGUGUGCCAUCGUCUCUCCCUGCGUGGCGCCGCGUAUUUGCUAGUAGUGGUAGUACUGGUGCUGGCGGCGGUCAAGCUAAAUGA